UCGACUAUUGACUUAAUGUGUUCGACCGUUCGACGUUUUGCAUUUGCCGUUUUGCUGUCCUAAUUCCUAAAUAUUUUCGAUUUGGAUUGGGAUUUACUGGUGUGUGAGUGUAUAAAAUACCGUUGUAAAAAGUUACAACACUUAUUUUAAACAGAACAGGUAUUGCUAUCAACUAUCGCUUAUCAACUAGAACUCGUUUGUUUUGAUAAAAUCAUGCAUAUUUUCAUCAUUGCAUUAAUUUUAAUGCAUGGUUGUCACCAUGGCACUGGGCUUCCUGUGAUGCCCAACGAAAUAGGCCCAUUGCAACAUCUUGCAAAUACUUGUGAAAACGCCUUCCUCGCGGACUUAAUCAGUAAGAAAAGUGUUAAUUGCAAAAUUAGUGGAUCGGUCACAAGCCCAAACGAUCUGGAGUGUUAUAUGUUUUACGACAUAAACUCCCAGCUCUGUGCAGCUUUCCAGCAUUCCGAAUUUAAUUUACAAGAGAGUUACGAAGCAAGAAUGAAGGAGCGCCUGAAUGUCGCCACAUUAUGCGAUAGCACUAAAGCAUGGAAGUUUGCAACCAUACAGCCAAAUUCAGCAUACAGUGGGUUACUAAAAGUCGUAAGCGAUCCUGUGAUUUGCCAAAAAUUAUGUGGUGUGGGUGAUAUUUUGAGUGAUGAUGCCAAUUACUUCUGUACAUACUUUAAGUGGGGUACGGAGGUGAUACAAAGCCAAGUGCCACAACAGGAUAACAAAUUAGUUGUGCCAAUUGGAGCAUCAGCAUCAAAUACAGGUAAAAGCAGUGCCACUGGACCAUCUAUAAAUGUCAGCAAUGUGCCAGUAGUUGCAGACAAAGACAUUAAACCUGUUCAUACCAAGUUGGUAAAACCAGACGUAUCUACCAAAGAAGUUAAUCCCGAAAAGUCAGAGCAGAAAAGUCCCCCAACAUCAACUUCAAAUCAAACAUCUGGUGUAGAGAAAGCAUUGGAUAUGAACAAAAAAAUUAUUGAACCCUCUACAGCUCCCAUUGGAGUGUCAUCUGUAAAAGCUGAUAUAGACCACCCAGCUGUAGAAGAAGAACCACCUAAGAAAGAUGAAGUAGAAAAGACUGGCUUGGGAUUUGAAGAAUCCAAGGAUGUCAUUGAUGACAAAGGGAAACCUGAGGACACUAAUCCAGAAGAUGAUGAGAAUGAUAAUGAUGAUUAUGAACAACAUGAUGAACUGCCAGCAGACAAAAGUAACAAAAAUGACAAUGGUGGGGUAGAAUCCGAUCCAGAGGUUGUUAUUAAGGGCAACAAUAACCCUAUUUUGAAAAUUGAAUCCAUUACAUAUCCCCCGCAAAGAGUUCCAGACAUAUUCCCCAAUGGCAUCCCAGACUCAUUCACCGAUGAUGAUGAUCACUUCUUCCCCAUUUUCCUGACUGGAAUUAUCAUCGUGGUUCUGCUGUACAUAUUGUAUCACAACAAAAGUAAAUUCACCAAAGUGAUUCUAGGUCUCAUCGUCGAAGGAAGGCAGUCGGGGCGCCGGAGAAACAGCAGAGGCCACGCUUACCGCCGCCUUGACACGCUGGAGCAAGCCAUGAGCUCCAGUACCGCGGCGCCGCCCAGCAAAAUCAUAUAUUGAGGCAUAUUAUAUGCAGCUUAAGUGUACAUAGUUAUUCUGGCUAAGUUCUCUUGUACACAAUCUCUAAAAUAUAAUGCUAGGUCUGAACUUUUAAUACAGGGUACAACCAGAACGCUAGCAAAAACGAAGACAGGUGAUAGUACUGGUGAUUAUUGUCUAUUGAUAAGAUACAACAAAAAAAAAACGCGAAAUACGUUGCGUUAGUAGACCACUCGAAGUCAAUCCCUCGUCGUAGAUUGACUCGAAUUUUGCACACUAUACAUUGCGGGUUUGAAAAAUACAAAAUCACCGAAACUACAAAAUAAGGUAAUUUACUUAUUAAGGCAAUUGGCAUUGUGUUUAGUAGUAGUAUAAGUAAGUUUUUGCUUGGUUACACUCUGUUUAUUGCUAUUCCUUUUCACGAUACUCUGUGCAAAAGUAUAGCAUUCGAUUUAAAGCUAUCAAUUUAAUUUAGGGAUUGUAUACAAGAGAAUUGGCCACAUAAGUGUCCUGUAAAUAAGCAAUCUAGAUCACUAACCGCGAUCAAGAUUCGAAGGUCUCGACCCAUUAUAGAUUGGCUGUAUAAGGAAACAGUUCGACUGCUUAUGUAAUUCAUUGAACCACAAAAUAUUUACCAUUGGAUAGUUUAUCAGACUCAAUUAAUUUUGGACGAGGAUCUUGAUAUGGAUUGACUAUUUAGAGGCGCCAUAGAAGUUACUAUCCGUUUUAUGGAAAAUGAAACUCGCGUGUGUGUACAUCGCGGGCGCAUUAGUUGAACGACGUGUAUAUAGGUUCAAUUUCAAGUAAAAAGAGCUCCUUUCAUACACAUAUACUUUGACACAGUGUUAUAGAACUUAUUAUGGGGUAAGUGAGGCCAAACGAGCGUAGUUUUUUUUAUUAACACGUAGCUUUCCUUUGUAUUACCAAUUAGAUAGAUGGAUAAUUCGCCCACUGCACAGUUUCCAGGCCAGAGCUCUUUUCUGUGUUUACUAGAUACAUUUCUUAAAGGUGAGGCCAAACGAGUUGAAUAAGCAGCAUAAUUUGGCAAUUUUGUCAAGUCUGUGACGCCUAUUCCUCGAUGACUGAAAAAUAAAGUCCAACAACUAAAGAUCAGGAUGUCCUACCAAUGAAGCAUCGAGAACACUGACAGCGAAGCUAGCCUAUAAUAUAUAUCAAUUCUCAUAGUGUAAGAGGUUUUGCUUGAGAACUAUGCUUGGAAUUUCGUUGAGGAAUACAAAUCCAAAACGUAGUGAUUCACUAAAGAGCUAAAGUGACUGACUCACAAGGCUAGCACGCUCAAGUUGCAGAGGCUUCGAGCGAUGAGCUUCGGAGUCGAAAAGUACUCGUGUGGAGACCGCGUCUUGCCAAACAGAGUGUAGGAUACCCCUCAGCAAGAUCGGACGAGGACAUGUGUAGGGCAGCGGGCACCAAUUUGAUGCGAAAAACUGAAGAUACUAGCACUACUUAAAAGACACUUAUGUCCAACAGUGUGUGGAAUAUUAGCUGAGGAUGGUGACAUGGCACAAACCGGACUUUAUACUCACUACUCAUAACUCACACAGUUACUCUCUUUUGGCCUUGUACCCUAAAGAAAGACUGUUGCGUGCGAAAAAGUAUGUGCGUUAGUUCGUCUAGACAGUGAUGGUAUGUACGUUUAUAAUCAUGGCCGUCGCUCUUUGCUGGUCCCGGAAAAGGCGAACGCAACUCAACGCAUUUUUCCGUAUUGAAAAUGCGAAUGACGUUAGCAACAGUGGCAUACCCAUAGGGUCUCAUCCGCAUACGCCUCUUCCAGUUCUUAAGCUUCAUUUACGUCAGAGCAACAUAAUACGACACUGCGGGUAUCUAUGAGGUUAUAUAUGAAGUUUACCUCAUCAUUGUUUUUUAUUAAGCACCAUUGUCGCCAGGCGCAAGCCUAUCUUGUAAUUUAAAAAAAAAAUGUGACAAGAAUCGUCGGCUGAUUAUCGUACCUUAAUAUUCCAAUCCUAUAGCACGACUUUGUUUAGGUAUAAAAAGGACAGCCUCAUGCAAAAUUAAUAUAUCCGUUUGUAGCAUGCCGCAUUAUCGCGUGUUGUUGCGAAAAUCAGCCUUUACA